CAGCACAGCUGCGAGCUCGUUCUGCGACAUCCGUUUCCGUUCGACGCACAGCUAUUCUGUGCAAGAAGACGAGCACGACGACAGCCGGGUGUACACCACUAGCCGCGAGGCUGGUUCCUCCAUGGGAAGAAAGACAAGAAAGAUGAUGAGGAAAGGCACAAGUAGAGAGAAAGACGAGACGAGACGAGACGAGGCGAGACGUCGACAAGGUAUUCUUCUCAUCACUGUGUACCUUAUAUGAAUACACUUUUGUCUAAUAAGCAAGAAGACAUCAUCUUUGGGAAGAUUGAUGCACUUUCCUGCUCUGUGCAGGUCACUUACACGAAUGUACUCUACCUUGUUCAUUCUGAAAGAAGUACUAACAUGACUUCGAUAGGAGAGAAGUUAUUCCCUGUUGUACCCAUUUUCCUGCAGGUCAACAGGGCAGUCGCGAUGGAAAGCGCAGGCGACCAGCGGAGACCCUGUUUGCCACGUCUUCGGCUGCGUUACUUCACUCUUGCGGCGUUUCUUUGGUGGCCGGCCGGCAAGUGGCUGCUCCGAACGACUCUAUCGAGAACCUUAUGGCAAGUAACAACCUAUUUUUGGGAUGAUGAGGUGGUCGUAUUGUAGGUGAUUUUUCUCUUCCCUCUUUUACGCAAGAAGAGAACAAGUCACAUGACCGCCUAGAAGGAAGUAGAACGAACCUCUAUUUUUUGAUUCUUUUACUUCGCUCUAAUUCUUGCAGCGAAUGGGUGGGUGGUGAAGCUCAAGACACACGAGACGAGACCAACACUUCUCCUGUGUUCGCCGGACAUAAAGGAAGAAAGGCGGAUGACAGUCAUGGGCGCCGCAGCACGACUGAGCACACAGAGCAUCGGACCGCCAGCGAGGUCCGUCGAAGUAGAACGACCGUCACCGUGGAUGAACUAGGGGAUUUGCAACUGCUCGACGAGUCGAGGGCCGAUGGCGACGCUUUGAUGCAAGUGGUGGAUGAGAGUGCGCAACAAGAUGUAACUGGAGAUGCAUUCUUCACUGACGUAGCAGACGAGCAGGAGACCAGGGAAUUCGCCUGGGAUGGAGGACUAGCACUGAAGAAUCGCCGUGACCCUGGUCGUGCGUCCUCGACUUGGAGGUGGGUGAACGCGACAGCGGAGUCGUUCAUGCAGA